AUGGUCAGAGCUACCAAUGUUGACAUGUCCCUUGAUGAAAUCAUCUCAAAGACAAGAAAAGGAAAAGGAAGCAUUGGUAAGAAAUCAUUCAGAAAAUCAGGAGGAGGAGGCCCAAUCCACCGUAACAGACCAUUCGGAAGACGCAGUCCAUGGAAAGAUAUCGAUGCUCCAUCGACUGGCGGCGGAAAUAAGGUUGUUCGUGUUAACAUCUCCAAUUUGGCACCAACUGUUAUUGCAAGUGAUUUGGACGAGUUAUUCGGUAACUUCGGUCUCGAAGCAGCUGUUGUCAACUACAAUGAGCAUGGUGAAUCUCUUGGAACUGGUGACAUUACGCUUAGAAAGCGUGAUGCUGAACGCCUCAUCAAGCAAUAUUCUGGCGUUGCGCUCGAUGGACAGGUGAUGAAAUUCGCGCUUGUUGACACAAGCAGCAUUUCUGGAAGAGUCGACUUCGGCGCCAAGCGCCUCAGAGAUACGCGACCAAUCCGAAAUGGGCGCAAGCCAAAAGGAAACGGUGCUGAGUCGUUCCUUCGCGACGGAGUUCACGAGGGUGAGACCAAGAAAGGCGGCGGUGGAUUCCGAGGAAGAAAGGGACGCGAAGCAAAGCCAAAGAAGACCGAAGCUGAACUCGAUGCGGAGCUCGAGGCAUACAUGUCGAAACGCAAAAACUAG